AUGGAGCUUUACCUCGAAUCCCCGCUCGAAGCUCUUGUGCUACGAUACUCCUCCAUCUUAGCCGGCUACAUCUGGACAUGUCUAGCUCUCUUUGCUGCUGGGAUCGGUUUGUGGCGCUUCCGUUCACUUGGCUCAGCAUCCCAAUCAGUACCUUCUCCUUCUCGUGACCCUAAAUCGCCUUCCUCCGUAGUUUCUCCGGCGAUUCCGCCGCCGAUGCAGAGAUCUGCCCCGAUCGAACCACUUAUUGCUGUAACGGAUUGGGGCGUACACGAGGAGAGUGGAUCUUUGACGAAGGGGAAUUUCACGGCGUAUUUUCUAGCGGAGGAGAUUGAUGGCGGCGAUGAGGGCGAAAAGUAUGAGCGGAGAAGUUAUUGGACUGGGAAUGGUGAGGGGUUUUCGGAUAUAUUGGAUUGGGAAUGGAGGGGGGAUCAUCGGGGGUAUAGUUUUCAGGAUUGGAGGGUGAUUAAUGGAAACAUCGUUAGAUUGUGGGAUGGAGGACGAUUGGGGCUGCAUCGGCGGCGGCUGUGA